AUGAAAAUGGGCCCAUUAGGUGCAGAGGCUGAUGAGAACCAGACAGUGGAAGAAAUGAAAGUGGAUCUGUUUGGUCCAGGACACACCACUCUUCCAGGGGAGCUGGCCCCUGAGUCUGAACCGGAGCUUAUAGACAGCACCAAGCUGAUUGAGGUACAGGUUGUCCUUAUAUUGGCCUACUGCUCCAUCAUCUUGCUUGGGGUGAUUGGCAAUUCCUUGGUGAUCCAUGUGGUGAUCAAAUUCAAGAGCAUGCGUACAGUAACCAACUUCUUUAUUGCCAAUCUGGCUGUGGCAGAUCUUCUAGUGAACACCCUGUGCUUGCCGUUUACACUUACCUACACCUUAAUGGGGGAGUGGAAAAUGGGUCCUGUCCUCUGCCACUUGGUGCCAUAUGCCCAGGGCCUGGCCGUACAAGUGUCCACCAUCACCUUGACAGUGAUUGCCUUGGACCGGCAUCGUUGCAUUGUCUACCACCUCGAGAGCAAGAUUUCCAAGCAAAUCAGUUUCUUGAUUAUUGGCUUGGCUUGGGGUGUCAGCGCCCUGCUAGCAAGCCCCCUGGCCAUCUUCCGGGAGUAUUCACUGAUUGAGAUUAUUCCUGACUUUGAGAUUGUGGCCUGUACUGAGAAGUGGCCUGGAGAGGAGAAGGGCAUCUAUGGCACUGUCUAUAGUCUUUCCUCCUUACUAAUCCUGUAUGUUUUGCCUCUGGGCAUCAUCUCUUUUUCCUACACUCGUAUCUGGAGUAAGCUUAAGAACCAUGUCAGUCCUGGAGCUGCUCAUGACCACUACCAUCAGCGGAGGCAAAAAACCACCAAAAUGCUGGUGUGUGUGGUGGUGGUGUUUGCAGUCAGCUGGUUGCCCCUCCAUGCCUUCCAACUUGCUGUUGACAUUGACAGCCACGUCUUGGACCUGAAGGAAUACAAACUCAUCUUCACUGUGUUCCACAUCAUUGCCAUGUGCUCUACCUUUGCCAAUCCCCUUCUCUACGGCUGGAUGAACAGCAACUAUAGAAAGGCUUUCCUCUCAGCGUUUCGCUGUGAGCAGAGGUUGGAUGCCAUUCACUCUGAGGUGUCUGUGACAUUCAAGGCUAAAAAGCACAUGCAAGUCACAAAGAAUAAUGGUCCCAACGAUUCUUUCACAGAAGUUACCAACGUCUAAGGCAACUGUGGAAAUGUGGAAAUCCAUGGAUGAAUUCUGACCAGAGCUGUAAACCUGGUUUAGGAGAGCACGCAGGUGCAUCCUCAUUUCCCAUUUUAAGGAAGCAUUUGAUUGGAAGCAUAUGCAGUAUAAUUCAUGGAAAACUGGCUGGCAGAGUCUAAUAAAAACAUUCAAAUUCAAAGACAAGGCAACAUAACAGUUUGCUUAUGGUUACUUGGAUAGUAGGUUGAAUCAUGAGUAAAAGCAGAGAGAAAUGGUUUUGACUGUUGCCAAGAGUGAAGGAAACAUGAACAAGGAAUUGAUGUUAGCAGCAUUGCCAAAAGAUGUGGGUAAAAAAAGCUGACUCUCAAAUCACAUUAGAGAAUAGGUUGGGGAUGAUGUAUAAUUCACUGUUCCCCCCUUAUCUGAUGGAAAGUCUACCAACACCAAUUUCCCUAGAAAGGCAUAGACUCUUCUCUGUUGUAUUUUGGCUUUUUGUUAUUCUUCCUAUGGACUAAAACCAUCAGAGAACACUGUAGGUAAAUGUUACCAACUAUUUGGAUGACUUCAAGGAAAUAAACUGAAAUUUUCUGUGUGAUUAGCAUUUUGACAAAUGAUAUGGGAAAUCUUUACCAUUCAGUUACCCAGUUGUUUUUUUAAAACCAAAUGUACAUCUAACUAAAAGUUUCUUCAACUUAGAAUUGAAGGCUGAAAUUCUCAGAGAAAUAUAAACCUUCAUUCAACUUCUCAUUACAAGUUGUCUCUGCUUUAUAUAGUUACUAUCUGGAUAACAAAUAAGGAUGCAAUGCAAUAUGUUUCAGUUCAGUUCAGUUCAGUUGCUCAGUUGUGUCCGACUCUUUGCGACCCCAUGAAUCGCAGCACGCCAGGCCUCC